AGCCCCGCAAUGGUCUGAGCAGCAGCGGUUCAGGGAGUAGCAUUACUUGUGUGCAGGAACUGGCUCGACACCGUAGAAAUCCGCUAACGGAGCAAAUGAAAACGAAAACAACACUUUCUUGUGGAUUAAUUCUGGGGCGAGACUUUCCGUCGAAGCAAGUGUACCUCUAAGCCACUUUGGAUCGAUUGACGAGGAUUGGGACGUUACCUACUGAACGUCGUUACCACCGAAUGGUGUCUCCUGCCCCGCCGCUAAGGUUGCAGGCUAAAAGAUACGGCCCAUAAUGCAUGGCACUUUCUUGACAGCCUCACCUUCUCCCUGCUUGUAGAGGAAGCGGCGGUGCCAGCAUGUCCUCUCAUCCCCAGUCUGUGCCGCCAGGCCGGAGAACUGUGGACUCACGGCACCUGCACAACCCUGCCACGCUGUCCCUGCAGCUGCAGCGGCCACACACGGAAGUGGGGCUGGUCGACUACCACUCCCAUCAUGCCAGGGACUACAGCUCUCAUCUGGCCCAGCCGCAUCGCCGUCGGCCUUCCUUACUUUCAGAGUUCCAGCCUGGGAAUGAAAGAGGACAAGAGCAGCACAUCCGUUACGAGCACAUCUACCUGCCGGAGGCCCCCAGCCAAUCAGAGGUGGACUACGCAGAGAUCAAACGUCCUCGUUUGGAGAUGGGAUCGGACUCUCUGAUGAGGCCUCUGUCCCACCGUCAGCCGUUAUCUCUCGGAGGGGCUGAGGACAUGACGAAGGAGCGUGGAAGUGCUAUCGGGAAGCUGGAGCCCAUCUCACCGGUGAGCCCAGUCCACAUGGACACCGACUUGGAUCUGGUUCCGGCUCGGUUCUCCAAGGAGGAGCUGAUUCAGAACAUGGAACGCGUGGACAGGGAGAUCACCAUGGUGGAGCAGCAGAUCUGCAAGCUUCGCAAAAAGCAGCAACAGCUGGAGGAGGAAGCCGCUAAGCCUCACGAACCCGAGAGGCCCAUCUCGCCGCCACCCAGUGAGGCCAAGCACCGCAGCCUGGUGCAGAUCAUCUACGAUGAGAACCGAAAAAAGGCAGAAGAGGCUCAUAGGAUACUGGAGGGGCUGGGACCCAGAGUGGAACUGCCUCUGUACAAUCAGCCAUCUGAUACCAAACAAUACCAUGAGAACAUCAAGAUAAACCACGCCAUGAGGAAGAAGCUCAUCUUAUAUUUCAAAAGGAGAAACCACGCUCGUAAGCAGUGGGAGCAGAAGUUCUGCCAGCGGUAUGACCAGCUAAUGGAGGCCUGGGAGAAGAAAGUGGAGCGCAUUGAAAACAACCCGCGGCGCCGGGCCAAGGAGAGCAAGGUGCGGGAGUACUACGAAAAGCAGUUCCCAGAGAUCCGCAAGCAGAGAGAGAUGCAGGAACGAAUGCAGAGCCGCGUUGGGCAGCGAGGAGGUGGCCUCACCUCAUCCGCAGCCCGCAGCGAACAUGAAGUCUCCGAAAUCAUUGAUGGAAUAUCAGAGCAUGAGAACACGGAGAAGCAAAUGCGGCAGCUGGCCGUCAUCCCCCCUAUGCUGUUCGACGCCGAGCAGCAGCGCAUCAAGUUCAUCAACAUGAAUGGGCUGAUGGACGACCCCAUGAAGGUUUACAAGGACCGGCAGGUCAUGAACAUGUGGAGCGAGCAGGAGAGGGACACUUUCCGAGAGAAGUUCAUCCAGCAUCCCAAAAACUUUGGCCUGAUCGCUUCUUUUCUAGAGAGAAAGACGGUGGCAGAGUGUGUGCUCUUUUACUACCUGACCAAAAAGAAUGAAAACUACAAGAACAUAGUGCGGAGGAAUCGACGCCGAGGGAGAUCUCUGCACGGCCAGCAACAGCAGCAGCAGCAGCAGCAACAACAACAGCAGCAACAACAACAACAGCAGCAGCAGCAGCAACAGCAGCAGCAGCAGCAACAACAGCAACAAGUGAACCGGAACAGCCAGGACGACAAGGAGAAGGAGGAAAAAGAGAAGGAGGGGGAGAGAGACGAAGAGAAAAAUGAAGCUGAAGACAAGGAGGAUGGAAUGAAGGAUGACACUUCUGGAGAAGAUGCCGAGGACAAGGAGCCCACUGUGGCUUUCAAGGGAAGACGAACAGCGAACAGUCAGGGCCGCCGCAAAGGCCGCGAUACUCGCUCCAUGAACAGCGAAGGAGAGGAGACCACCACUCCGCCGCUCAGCAACGAGCUAGCCAAUCUGGAAAUGAAUGAGAGCUCUCGCUGGACUGAAGAAGAGAUGGAAACAGCCAAAAAAGGCCUUCUCCAGUAUGGUAGGAAUUGGUCCGCCAUCUCCAAGAUGGUGGGAUCGAAAACCGUGUCGCAGUGCAAAAACUUCUACUUCAAUUACAAGAAGAGGCAGAAACUGGAUGAGAUUCUGCAGCAGCAUAAAAUGAAAUCGGAGAAGGAGCGAAAGGCCCGUCGAAGGGGGAAAGCCUCGCAGAACGAAGAGGCGAGCGCUACGUAUCCUGCAGAGGAGGAGGAGAUCGAGGGUUCAGGAGCCAGCUGCAACGAAGAGGAAGCACCUGAAGAUGGAGAAGGUACAUCAUUCCUAGGAACAUCAUGCAAUUGGGAAAAAACACAUUCAAGAUCCUUCCCAAAACUUUCUUUUGAUUGUGGAGCAAACAACAGCUCGGACACAGAGAGCCUGCCCUCUCCGCACUCCUCUGAGGACAGCAAGGCCAAAGAGGAAGGGACCAGCAGGCCGAAGGGCAACUCCAACACCGAGGACAGGAAGGACGACCAGGCAGGCGACGAGAAACCUCCCGUCAAGGAGGAGGCAGAGUCGACCAUCAAGCAGGAGAUAAAGACCGAAACAGGGGAUCCCAACAAGGAACAGCCGCAGCCCGUACCGCCCAGCGAUGCCACGGAUAAAAAACCUCCAAGAGUCGAGAAGGAGGAAGUCAAAACCUCCAAGAGCUCCAAGAAGGAGCACCUGACCAAAGCAGGUCUGCAUGGGGACAGUGACUCUAGUGCCACUUGUAGCGCCGAUGAGGUGGAGGAGACGGAUAACACAGAUAAGAAAAGGAUGACGUCUCCACGCCCCAGUUUGCUGAACUUCUCCCACGACGGGGUCAUAUCGUCUCUGCAGAAGCCCAUGGACCUGAAGCAGCUCAAACAGAGGGCUGCAGCUAUACCACCUAUUAUGCCAGAGGCCUCUGUGCAGGGCACUCCGCGGAGUGGGAAAGCAGUGCAGCCCCCCCACGCCUUGGCUCUGUACCAGGAGCAGAUCACCAUGGCUCACGGAGAGUCCUCUCAGGAAGUCAAACAGCAGCAGCCUUCUGGCCAAGCAGGCAAACCACAGCCUUACGCCCCUCAGGCAGACAGAGAGCGAGAGGGUCUUCUCACCAGCAGCCCCCGAGUUCGCCCUCGAAGCCCCUCCACCAGUGAAAAAGACGAAAAGUCCCGAGCCUUCUCUCCACACGGCGACGCCAAGAAGCAGGCGCUGGGUCCGGACGACCUCAGGACCUCCAGCCUGGGUCGCCCGGUUCUCUCGCCGUAUCCCAUGGCCCCGCGGGACAUGGCCAAGAUCAGCCACGACCAACACCUGCUCCACUUCAACCCGUUCCCACAGGUAGGCCUCCCCUCGCUCGCUGGUCUGCCACAGGACAGCGUGCGGUUAGCGGCAGUGAGACCCCUCUCCAUGCCUGACCCGCCACCGCUCAUUUCCUCUAACAAGCCUGGAGGCUCCAUCACGCAGGGUACGCCUGUGCAGUUGCAUGGAGCGGCCCACGGGCUGGAUCACACAAAGCUGCCUCCCGCACCAAUGGGGUUGUCUUGGAUCGAGAAGAAAGUUGCAGGUCCUUUCCCAGUGGUGAAGCAGGAGCAGUUGUCUCCUCACAGCUCCUCCCAGCCUGAUAACUUAUCAAACCCAGGGCCGCCUCAUGAUAACUCCUCUGCUCGUGGUGUCCAAGGAGGCAGCAUCACCAAAGGUCUUCCUGGGACCAGAAUACCCCCAGAGUCUGUGGUUUCCUACCGAGGGGGCUCCAUCACACAGGGGACACCAGCAGAUGUGCUGUAUAGAGAAACCAUAUCACGUCUGAUCUCAGAGGACAGUUCCAGCCGAGCCGAUAGGGAGCGGGACGAGGCGCCAUCUAAAGGGCAGAUCCUUUACGAGGGCAUCAGCGGGCAGAUCCUCUCGUAUGACCGGCCGCAGUCUCAGACUCCCAAAGAAGACGGCCGAGGCUCAGGUCUGCCUGGAGAAAUCCUGGGUCUGAAGCGAUCCUAUGAUGUCAUGGAAGGAGGCAGAGGGCUGCCGAUGAGAGACGCUCUGUCUGCUACCAAUUGUGAAGGUCUCAUCGGACGUGCCAUGCCUUACGACAGAGACAGCCCUCACCACGCGUCUUACAAGGACGCGCAUCAUAUCCGAGGCUCCAUUUCUCAAGGUAUACCCCGCCAUCUCGACGCUCAGGAUGCCUACAUGAGGAGGGAAGCCAAGCAGAUGAGGCGAGAGGCGUCCCCGCCCCGUGGUGCCGGCUCCCUCUCUGACCCAAUGAAGGGCAGAGAGGGCAUCGUGCCCACGGUGAAGGAGCCUGGACGCUCCAUCCACCUCAUUCCAAGAGACGAGGGCAGACAAUCAUCCAAGGAGGGCAUCAUAUCGCAGGGCGCAGCUGGAAAGCCGGACGCUGCUGGCUCUGGGAAACGCCACGAUGUCCGCUCUAUCAUCGCCAGCUCGCCGCGCUCCUACCACAACGCAGCCUCCCACCUGGAAAUGCGUCCCGACAGAAGUCGGUAUGAGGAGGGGCCCAAGGGCCGGCCCAGUGCGGUGGUCAGCACGGCCAGCCCCAUACCGCGCUCUUCUCCGCUCACACUGGGCUCUGAGCAGGGAGGCAAGGCGCACCACAGUCCCAUGGGGUACGAGGAAAAAGGUGCUAUACGGACCCCCUACCCUGGACCGUCGCAUCGUGGAUCCCCGCUGCCCAGGGAAGCCAGUCAAAGGCAACACGAAGGGUCUGGAAAGAAUUCUUCCCAGGAGCGAAAAGCCACACCGACUCCCAGAGAGAUGAGGGCCACCAAGUCGCCACUCACCGGCGUUGCAGAUCAGCAGGCCUACGAACGGUUGCUGCCCGGCCUGGGAGCUUCAGACAUGUACCGCAUCCCCUUGACCUUUGACCCCGCGGCGCUGCCUCGUGGGAUCGCCAUCGACCCAGGAGCUUACUACUUGCCUCGCUCCCACUUGGCUCCCAACCCGGCGUACCCUCACCCGUACCCCUACCUCAUCCGCGGCUUCCCCGACACGACGGCCCUGGAGAACCGUCAGACCCUGAUAAACGACUACAUCACCUCGCAGCAGAUGCACCAGUGGCCCGCAGCCGCCGCCAUGGCCGCGCAGCGCUCAGACCUGCUCAGAGGCCUCGCUCCUCGAGACCAGGCGCUUCCUCUGCCCUACUCUGCUGGUGCUCAGCGCGGGAUCAUUGAUCUUUCUCAGGUGCACUUACCCGUCCUGGUCCCUCCGUCUGCAGGGGCGACCGGCUCCCCGAUGGAUCGCAUCACCUACAUCCCUGGGACAAACGCCGCAUUCCCUCCCAGGAAUUACACCAGCUCAUCCAUCUCCCCCGUCGGCCCCUCACACAUGAGCAAAAUGCAGAGCGCGUCGUCGUCGGAGCGGGAAAGAGACCGAGAACGGGAGCGGGAAAACCGGGAGCGGGAAAACCGGGAGCGGGAACGAGAGAGAGAUCGGGAUCGGGAACGGGACAGAGAUCGGGACAGGGAAAGAGACAGAGACAGGGGAGGGUCUUUGGGAAAUGUGGAGCACGCCCCCAUCUGGCGUCCAGGUACAGAACACAGCCUGUCCAGCAGCAGCGGCGGCGGCGGCAGCAGACCUGCAUCUCAACCCUACAGCCACCAGCAUUCCCCGGUGUCUCCCCGCACCCAGGACAACGUGCAGCAGAGGCCGAGCGUGCUGCACAACACCGGAGGCAAAAGUCUUGAACACUCGUCUGUGUUACGGACCAUCCCCUCAGCAUCCCGCUACCCAGGUUUCCAUGGCUCCUUCCAAAAAACAGGUGUGCCGCCUGACGGCUACCAAUCUGCCAUGGACUCGAGCGUAGCCAAAGAGCAGAAUCGCGAUGGAGGCAAAUCCAGGGGCGGUCUGCCCAAACACUUGCAGGAGCAGCACGGCGCCUCCAGCAAAUCUGACACCAAGCUUUGCAGUCCCAGCCCAGGAGGAAUUUACCCCGGCUCCUACCCCCCGCCCACAGGCCGUCUGCUGCCCUCCCAUUCGGACAACCUGUCCGGCCGCGAGGACAGCGGCACACCAAGUAGAGAAAAGACUCAAAACAAACCCAUGUCUAUUCAGGAACAAGACAUCAGAACGCUUGCACCACAAGGACUCUAUCGACCCCCGUCAGAGGAGAGACUGUCUCCAGGCCAACAGCCCCCAUCCCCAUGUGUCAAAGGCAGCCAGAGAGUGGUCACUUUGGCGCAGCACAUCAGCGAGGUGAUAGUUAAAGACUACAGGGACAGCCAGCAGCAGCAGCAACAGAGCUACCACGGCUCUCCGGUUCUGGACCUGACCCGUCCAUCCAGUGCCUCCCAGGCCCCGCCCACGUCACAGGAGUCCGCUCAGGCGUCCCGCUACUCACAGGGCUUUAGUGGGGAAUGUAACCGAGAGAGAUCUCCGCAGCAGCAGAAGUUGUCCCCCGUUUCCAAUGACUGCAUUGAGCCGGUGUCUCCUCCCGCAUCCAACUCUGAGCCCGACGUUCAGGGAGGGGCUUCCUACCCCAACGAGCAGGGGGAACAAGGGCUCGGCUCCCGCUCUCCACCCAACACCUCCCAGCCUCCGGCUUUCUUCAGCAAGCUGACGGAGAACACGUCGGCUAUCGUGAAGUCCAAGAAGCAGGAGAUGAUCAAGAAGAGGACGGGCGAUGGAAACGAUGCCGAAUUCAAUGCCGGUCAGCCAGGAACGGAAAUCUUUAAUAUGCCAGCCUCCACUACUGCAGGGCCUGUGAGUGUGCGCAGCCACCCGGCUCCAGAAGCAUCUGGCAACUCCAUCGGCCUGGAGGCCAUAAUCAGAAAGGCCUUGAUGGGAAAGUACGAUGACUCAUCGGAGGAGCGCUCCCCGUCCAGCGCUGCUAAUCCGACGGGUCCCGCCAUGUCUGCAGACGGCCGGGUUGACGACUCCUUCUCACAAGGCGGCUCCAAGUCCUCAAAGAGCAGCGGGCGCUCUAACGGACGCAAGGCCAAGUCCCCGGGCCCGGGUCUGUCCGGCAGCGAGCGUCCCUCGUCCGUGUCGUCUGUCCACUCAGAGGGAGACUGCAACCGGCGGACGCCCCUCACCAACCGGGUGUGGGAAGACCGGCCUCUGUCUGCAGGUUCAACUCCGACCCCGUUUCCAUACAGCCCGCUCAUCAUGCGUUUCCCCAGCGGGACAGUUUCAGCCCAUUCCCCUUCGUCUGGCCAGCAGGGCGGCCCGGGGCCCGGACCCGGCCAGGGCCGCCCCUGGGAGGAGGAGCCCAAGCCUCUGCUUGUUUCUCAGUAUGAAACCCUGUCUGACAGCGAGUGACCAGAAAACGCACUGCUUCACACACACAGAAAAACACUCAGAGGACAGUCCUGCGCCUCGUCUCCCCCGCCCCCCUCCACCGCCGCUGUUCGCCGUGAAGCAGUCCUCCUCCCUGGACGACGAGGACGAAUCUUUGUGGCUCUGUGUGUCCGUUCGCACUUACGUGUUAUGCAUUCACUCCAGUACUACUCUGAAGGACAAAUCACUUCUUCUUCUUUAUUUUUUUUACUACUAUUCCUCACUGGCCUUAUCAACACAGACGCAUCGUGAGCUCGGCGUGUGCCGCCGUUCCGUGCUCACGCCUACGCACACGGCUGUAACGGCGCCAUGUUGGACCCGACUCUCACAGCGGGGGAACCCUCUUGUUUUGUUCCUGGCGAGCUCCGUGUGCCGGCGGUCCGCUACCACUACAAGAACACAAGCAAAAAGGACACAGGAGGAGAAUCAGCAUCUUGGUUUCUUCUUUUUUUUUCCCCCCCUCGCUUUUGGUUCUUUUCGUUUCUCUUUCUGGAACUGUCAGUCCAGUCCUGUGUUUCGUGAGCUGCGACUUUUUUAGUACAUUUUUGAUGGUGAACUUUUUUUUGAUGGUGUCAUUUGUCGUCUGUUAUCUGCAAAGAUGUAUUGGGGCGGGGGUGUUGGGUUUGAUGCAGGUGGGGUGGGAUCAUAUCAGAGGUUUACAGGGUAAACUAAGCGGUUCGUUGCUGAUGUCAUGAAUCUGUGUGUGUUGGGGGAACUGGGAGGAGCUGCCAGAUGAAUGGCACUGAAGCAAGUGACACUUUCUUGCUGUUUUUUUUGUUUUUAUAUUAACCAUGUCUGUGUUUGUCGGAACAGUUCUUUGCAUAUAAAGCACUUAGUUGUCGAGGUGAUCACGAUGGCAUUUUGCUUUUUUCUUUUUUAAAAGAGGCGGCGCAGAAGUCCCACUGCGGAGGCGUCUCGCUGCUUCUUGUUCCGCUCACAGUAAGAAAAGAAAAACAAAUCACGUCGGAGUGGAGAACAAGUUUAAAAGCUCUGAAUUUGGAGUUCCCUUGCAUUAAAGAGGAGAUUAAAAAAAAGAAAUACAAAGCCAUCUUUCUGUGACUUCCCCCCCCCCCCAUGCCGGCCUCCGCCGGCCCGCUGGAGUCCCGUCUCGGAGCUUUUACUGCCUCGUGGGGGGUGCGUGGAUACAUCUCCACAUCCGGGCAGAUUUUGUACAGUUAAGAGAUAUUCUUAGUGUUAAGUGCCAUUUAUUUUACAAAUUCUAGUGCUGAAGUUCUUUAAGUGACGCACAAGUUUUCUUUUGUCCCCCCCCCCUCGCAGAAUGCUUCGCAAAGGUUCAAACGGAUUUGAAUCAAACGUCCUGCUAUCCUUUUUAAUGUAUUUGCUUUUUUUUCUUUCUCCCCUUCAUCCCCCUGCCCCCACUGCCUUAGCUUUAAUGGUUUUACUCAGUCAUCCUGCACCGCUUACGUGAACCUCCAUCUGAAGUUUUUCUUCACUUUUAAACCUGUAAACUACUUUAAGUGUACUUCAUUGCACCUCCCUUCUCUGUACGCGUCGGAGGAAGCGGAGGGGAAGGCGGUUCUGCUAAAUUAGUCUCACCGUUUCAAGGCAGUAUUUCUGUGCGAGGCGUUCAAGAAGAUUCCCUGGCGUCUUUUUUUUUUUUAAUUAUUAUUCUUUUGUUUGUUUUUUAGCUCAUCUCAGCGCAGACCCGACUGUUAUAGGACCGCCUCCUCUUCCUCGCCCAUCUUCUCAGCCGUGCUUUAGCUCCUCCUACUGAGGCCAGUAGAGGCAGAAACACGUUGUCGCUCCCUCUGUGUGCGUGUGUGUGUGUGUCCUCAUCGUUGCCACUGCUGAAACGUUGGAAUGUGACGCUAAAACCAGACGAAGCCAUAUCCAGCUGUUCCCUAAAGCGAUGACUAACGUGUUGUUUUUAAAAGUACACUGAAAUGACUUUUUAACAUGCAUCCAUUUAUAUUGUUUAUUCUUACUUUUUAUUUUAGUUUUUUUGUCAUUGCACACUUGUGUUCGCAGAAAUGAAAUGAAUCAUUGAAAACCUAAAAGGACGAAAUCUGGACUGUCCAAUCGUAGGAGAAGGGGGGCGGGGGGAUGAUUGACAAACAGUACAUUGUUCAACCAUUUUGUGCAUUUUUUUUUUUUUAUUAUAACCCACUGUAUAAUAUCAAGGAUUGUAUAUAGAAUUGAAGAGAUGUAAAUAUUUAUGUGGCUUGCUUCAAGGGUGGUAUUAUGAAAAGAAAUAUUCACAUGGUUAAAUUCUACAUGCCCACCAGCAAGCUUUGUGGAUAGCAGUGUAAAAAUGAAAAACACACAAAAAAAAGACACUGCCUUAAUGUUUAAAUAAAAAGCUUAUUGCCAGUCAUGG